GAGGACUACACUGUAUGUUGCAGGGUUUACACCACGUACGAGAGCAAGAGAUUUGGGAUAUGAAUUCGAAAGGUACGUUUGCAACGUAUGUGUAAGGUCAUACUGCUACGGUCAUUCAAUGUCAACUUGUCAUGACAUUGAUCCCACCCAAUCACCUGUUCAACACAUGCCCUAAUCAUCCGUGAUUCGCUUAAUUCGCUCCACCCUUCAACGCUGCACUAAAAAAUACGCAACAACCCCAUAUGAAAUAGCUAUACAUGGACGUAUAUCCUAAAACAGCCGUUAUUAAUCGUGAUCUCAUUUGCGUUGACAGAUAUGGACGAUUAGUUCGAUGUGAUAUUCCAGCUCAAAAGAACCCAAGUGCCAAACCGUUUGCGUUUGUGGAGUUUGAAGAUCCUCGGGACGCAGAAGACGCUUUGAAUGAAAUGCACGGUCGCCGUGUAGAAGGGCAUACCUUGACGAUACAGUGGGCUAAAAGUUCGGCAAGCAAUCGAUGGCGCUCGGAUAGAUCACGGUCACCGCCAAACCGAUAUGGCGGUCGAUCACCAGGAAAUGGACGAUAUCGUAGUCGCAGCCGGUCACCACUGCGGAAAUCUGCUUCGCCAAGAGACCGCUCACCACCGUCGACAGAGAGAAGGCCAAGAUAUGACUCGCGGUCACCUAGUCCUUCAAGAGAACAAGCACGUCCUUCCGAACCAUCCAUCAUUCCAUAAAAUAGAUCAAUGUCGUGGUUACGUUCAACUUUCGACUUUUCACUGCCUUUCCCUUCCCCUAGACCAAGCUCUGUUUUAUACGUCGCCCAUUUCUUCUUUCUUUUGGAUGAAUUUUGUUUCCAUUGUUUCUACUCUAUCC